CGGCGUACAACAUAACAGCUUUCAAAUUACUUUUAAACUAGUUUUCAAUCUUCCGAGGUCUAAGACUGGCUCACAUUAAAUCAAGACUGAUUGAAAGGUGUCUCAGCUUGAGACAGGAGUCAUGGACUUACAGCUACAGGGCGGAGGCAACGACAGUGGCCAGGAUCGGUCCAAGACUUCAGAUAAUCAUGAGAAACCUAUCACAGCGCUGGUGGCUACUGAAGCAACAGGAGACUGUGCAAAAGUUACCCCAGAGGACAACCAAGGUUCUGACAGAAAGGAUCACAGGGCCAGUGAUGAGUCUCUGACAGAUGUUGUAUCCACAAAUGACUGUGCACUCUUGCUCCCCAACCAUAAACCAGCAAUUCCACUAAAAACUGAAAAAGAGGACCCUUCCACAGAGAGACCAAACCUUCCGAAUGGCCACACAUCUCUUGAGGGUGUUUCCAGUGGAGCGCCGCCCAUCUGCACACCUCCGUCCCGUUUAAGUGGCCAGAUGGGACCUCUUUCCUCACAGCCUCAAACGUGCAAUGGACACAGUCACUCAGACAAGAAACGUUUACCGUCCUCCACCAAAAGCCAGAAAAGUUUUAAAGCCAAUGCAACCCAGAUACAGCAAGUAGCAGGAGAUGAUUGCUGCGUUCACUGUGUGUUGGCUUGCCUGUUCUGUGAGGCGACCUCUCUGUGCUCGGCUCUGUCUCAGUGCCUGGCGUGCGGACAGGGCUGUGAGGCCCUUUGCUGCUGCGGAGAGGCAGCCACCGAGGGCUUGGCGUGUUGCGGAGAAGACGCGUGCUCUGCCAUUCUGGAUUGCGCCAUACUGGAGGAUUGCUGUCAGUCUUCGGACUGUUUAGAGAUCUGCCUCGAAUGCUGCUCUAUCUGUUUUCCCGCUUAGGUCAAACCAGAGAAUUAGGCAUAGGAAACGAAUUGUGAAAGUCUCAUUAAGGACAUUUUAGCACUGACUGGAAGGUAUGGCGAAGUAUUGGACCACGGUAGUCGUGUGA